AUGAAGAAGAACGUUGUUCUUGAUAACAGAUUUGUCAUUCCUUAUAACCCAUAUUUGUUGAAGAAGUUUCAAGCUCACAUCAAUAUGGAGUGGUGUAAUCAAGGUACUUCUGUUAAGUACUUAUUCAAGUAUAUAAACAAGGGCUAUGAUAUAAUUACCGCAGUUGUUGUCGAAGGAGACACUGACGAAACUUCUUUCACUAAGAAUGUUGAUGAAAUCAAGCAAUAUCUUGAUUGUAGAUAUGUCUCACCAAGUGAAGCAUGUUGGAGGAUAUUUUCAUUUCCCAUUCAUGGAAGGUCUCCAGCAGUUGAAAGAUUGUAUUUUCAUCUUGAGGGCGACAAUUCGGUUUAUUAUACUGAUUAUGAACUGAUAGAUGAAGUACUCGAAAAACCAAGUGUGAAAGAAUCAAUGUUUAUCGCUUGGAUGGAAGCAAACAAGACAUAUCCAGAGGCCACAAAAAAGAGGCCAUGCCAUUGGAAGACUUAUUCGGGAAUGAUGCUGACGGUUGCAAAGGGACCAACAUGCUAUGAGGAUAUAAAAAAGGUCAGUGGAAUUAUUCGGGAAAGUUUUCGGGAUGCAUGUUUUGAAAUGGGAUUUGUUAAUGAUGAUAAGGAAUAUGUUGCAGUCGCUAAUGAGGCGAAAGAUUGGGGUUCAGGACAAUUUUUGAGAAAGUUAUUUGUCACUAUGCUAUUAUCCGGUACAAUUAAUAGACCGCGUCAUGUUUGGGAGAAAACUUGGAAGACGUUGUCUGACGAUGAACAACAUUCAAUCUUCGAAACAAUAAUGGAAGUUGUCAGGAAACAAAGAGGAGGGGUGUUUGUUUUACAUGGUUAUGGAGGGACCGGUAAAACUUUCAUGUGGAGAACACUAUCAAGUGCACUUCGUUCGAAGAAAAAAAUUGUUCUUACUGUUGCUUCAAGUGGCAUAGCUUCAUUAUUAUUUCCAGGCGGAAGAACUUCUCAUUUGAAGUUCAAAAUACAUGUGCCAACACUUGAAAACUCUACUUGCAAUGUUGACAAAAACAUCAAACAUUCACAGUUAUUUGAGGCAACCGAUGUCAUAAUAUGGGAUGAAGCACCGAUGGCUCAUAAAAAUCUCUUUGAGGCAUUGGAUAAAACACUUAAAGAUGUCAUGAGCAAGAAGGGUCUUGGGAAUAAAAUAUUUGGUGGCAAAGUAGUUGUAUUUGGAGGAGAUUUCAGGCAGAUUCUUCCAGUUGUUCCAAGAGCAGAGCGUUCUGAUAUUGUUCAUGCAUUAAUAUUCUCCUCUUAUAUUUGGGACUAUUGUCAGGUCCUAACACUAACAAAAAACAUGAGACUUCAGCAAGGAAGAGAUGGUACAAGUUCUAAGGAAAUAGCAGAGUUCUCAAAAUGGAUCUUAAAUGUUGGGGAUGAUAAGAUAUCUGAACCAAAUGAUGGAUUGGUUGACAUAAAGAUUUCUCCAGAACUAUUAAUUACCAAUUUUGAGGAUCCUAUCAAAGCUAUUGUUGAAAGCACAUAUCCCAAUUUGGUUCAUGUAUUCCAAGAUGUUGCAUAUCUACAAGGAAAAGCGAUUAUUGCCUCAACCAUCGAAGUUGUGGAUAAAAUCAGUCAUUAUGUAUUGGAUCUAAUACCAGGAGAAGGGAAAGAGUAUCUUAGUUACGAUUCAAUUGAUAGAACUGAUACGAGUUAUACUGAAGCUUAUGAAGUGCUAAGUCUGGAAUUUCUUAGCAAACUAAGAAUAUCAAGUCUACCAAAUCAUAAGAUCAAGUGGAAGUUGGUAUGUGAUACAGGUGUUGAUAUUGACUGA